CCUUAUGAUAUUUUGCACAAAAGGCUCAGUGUUCAUGGCUCCACGCAGAGAACCCAAAAUAGCAUUCAGUAAGCAGUGACAUAGUGACAGUGCUGUGGUACUAAAAGCACAGCGUUUGUAACUCAGAGCAAUGUGGCACAUGGGAAGUUUGCAGAGACGCCUGUGAAAGAAAUUAAGGACUUCUUCCCUACUUCCCUGAGUCUUAUUGGAAGUUUGGAUUUCAGUUUCCAGGGAGGCCCUGCAUUUGAAGCUAUAGAGACUCAGCUCAGAAAGUUUCUCAGUCUUGCACAGCUGACAGCUAUCAUCAGUCUUCAAUCAAAAGUGCACCAUUAUUUGAAAAGUGACGUACUGAAGGACCUGGAUCCUUUUCCUGGUGCCAGUGCUGUUCAGAACUCCUGUCAUGCACAGACCUCAAGGGUAGUGUGACAAAAUGCUGACUUGAUGUCCCUGUAUCUGGAGAUGCUGGAGCUCACACAAGCUUCACAACCAGCUGGUAUUGCACAAAUCACACUGUGGGGAUACAAAAGAUAUUUAAGAGAAAAAAGACGAUAAAGAAGCACAGGAUUUUUGUGGGCUACACACUCUGUCCUUGGAAGAGUGACACUGGUACCCAAGGAGACAUCGCAAUGCACGUUUGCUGGCUGCUGCCUUGUGUGCUGGGGAUCCCCUGCCUCUGGCCUGGCUUUGCAGUGGCAGGAGACUCUAGCAGAGAGAAGGCUGAAAAAUGGGCAGACUCUCAUUGGAGAGUGAAGCGAGGCUGGGUGUGGAACCAAUUCUUUGUACCAGAGGAAAUGAAUGGAAGUUAUCACAUUGGACGGCUAAGAUCUGACUUAGACAAUGGAAACAACUCUUUUCAAUACAAGCUUUGGGGAGAUGGAGCUGGAAGUCUUUUCACCAUUGACAACAGAACAGGUGACCUAUAUGCCAUACAGAAGCUCGAUAGAGAGGAACGGUCCCUCUACACUCUGAGAGCCCAGGUAAUAGACACCACCACUGGAAGGGCUGUGGAGCCUGAGUCUGAGUUUGUCAUCAGAGUUUCGGAUAUCAAUGACAAUGAACCAAAAUUCCUAGAUGAACCUUAUGAGGCCAUUGUCCCAGAGAUGUCUCCAGAAGGAACAUUUGUCAUCCAGGUAACAGCAAGUGAUGCUGAUGAUCCUACGAGUGGCAAUAAUGCACGUCUCCUGUACAGCUUACGACAAGGACAAGCCUAUUUUUCUGUUGAACCCACAACAGGAGUCAUAAGAAUAUCUUCCAAAACUGACAGAGAACUGCAAGAUGAAUACUGGGUAAUUAUUCAAGCCAAAGAUAUGAUUGGUCAGCCUGGAGCACUGUCUGGAACAACAAGUGUACUAAUUAAACUUUCAGAUAUUAAUGACAAUAAGCCAGUAUUUAAGGAAAGUUUCUACCGCCUAACAGUCUCUGAAUCUGCACCCAUUGGAACAUCUAUUGGAAAAAUUAUGGCAUAUGAUAGUGACAUAGGAGAGAAUGCAGAAAUGGAUUAUAGCAUUGAAGAGGAUGAUUCAAAAACAUUUGACAUCAUUACUGAUAAUGAGACUCAAGAAGGAAUUGUUAUAUUAAAAAAGAAGGUGGAUUUUGAGCACCAGAGCCACUACGGUAUUAGAGCCAAAGUUAGGAACCGGCAUGUGGACAAGGAGCUCCUGAUCUACCACGCUGAUGCCUCCACCACUUUCAUUAAGGUCCGAGUGGAGGAUGAAGAUGAGCAUCCUAUUUUCCUCUUCCCAACUUAUAUAUUUGAAAUUUUGGAAGAAAAUCCACAUGGAGCUUUCGUAGGCACAGUAUCUGCCAUAGACCCAGAUCAAAGGAAAUCGCCCAUCACAUAUUCCAUUACUGGAAGUAAAGAGUUCACUAUCAGUGACAGUGGCACAAUCAUUGUCACUAGCACACUUGACCGGGAGAUCAAUGCAUGGUACAACCUAAGUGUCACAGCCACAGAAAGAUACAAUGUUCAACAGAUUUCUUCAGUCCCUGUGUAUGUACAAGUUCUAAAUGUCAAUGAUCAUGCUCCUGAGUUCUCUGAAUACUAUGAGACUUAUGUGUGUGAAGAUGCAGAUUCUGGUCAGGUGAUUCAAACCAUCAGUGCAGUAGACAGAGAUGAAUCCAUAGAAGACCACCACUUUUAUUUCACUCUCUCUGCAGAAGACACAAACAACUCAAGUUUCACAAUCAGAGAUAAUCAAGAUAACACAGCUACAAUUUUGACUAAUAGAAGUGGUUUUAGCCUUCAAGAAGAGCCCAACUUCUUCAUAACCGUUUUAAUUGCGGACAACGGGAUCCCAUCACUUACAAGUACAAACACACUUACCAUACAUGUCUGUGACUGUGACGACAGUGGGAAUACACAGACCUGCAGUGAUAAGAAACUCGUGCUUUUCUUGGGACUCAGGGUGGAAGUAAUAAUUGCUAUUCUGAUCUUCAUUAUGGUAAUAUGUGGGUUUGUAUUUUUGAUGUUGGCUCUAAGACAACAAAGAAAGCAGAUCCUCUUUCCUGAGAAAGGGGACGUCUUCGGAGAGAAUAUCUUCUGCUAUGAUGAUGAAGGAGGUGGAGAAGAAGACACAGAGGCCUUCGACAUUGCCGAGCUCAGAAGCACCACGGUGAUGCGGGAACGCAGGGCUCGGAAGACCACCUCCGCGGAGAUCCGGAGCCUCUACAGGCAGUCUCUGCAGGUGGGCCCCGACAGCGCCCUCUUCAGGAAAUUCAUCCUGGAGAAGCUGGAGGAGGCGGACUCGGACCCCUGCGCCCCACCCUUUGACUCCCUUCAGACCUACGCCUUCGAGGGCUUGGGGUCCUUGGCCGGCUCCCUGAGCUCCUUAGGGUCAGCCGACACCGACCAGGAUGAAAAUUUUGAUUACCUUAAUGAGCUGGGACCUCGAUUUAAAAGAUUAGCAUGCAUGUUUGGUUCUGCAGUGCACUCCAACAAUUAGGACUUGUUACCAUAAAAAAAUCCCCAAAGUGCUAAUGUUCAUUUGAGCAAAAUGCGUUUUGUGGUCUGGCUUUCUGCAGCGUGGUGAGCCUGAGUUUGUAGUUUUCCGAUGUCCUUGGAGUACAUUGUCCUUAAAGAAAAAUUUUGGAAGAGAUGCACAUAAAUAGACCUCAGAUGCUAGUACAAGCCAGUGCCACCUCAUGACUGCAAUGUUCCUCAUAAGGUUCCAUUAUAUCCAGGGCAAAUUCUCAAAGUGUUUUAUUGCCUAACCUGAGAAAGAGAAUCAGGCCCUCCAAUGUUGUUUCAUUCAUUUAAUUAUUUUAUUCCCGCAAAGUAAGAAUAAAGCAUGGAUGAGUGACGUUCCUGAUGAUAUAGAGAGAUAAAAUUUAUCAUCUGGAGAAUCUGAUGGUUAUAUAGACAUGUAAAAAAACUUAUGUUACAUUAAUGAGCGGGACUGUGAAAGAUUCUAUGAAUCAUUUGGGUUUGAUAUUUUAAAAUUCUUGCCAAGAAGGCUCUUUAAACCUCAUUUAAAAUUUGUACAUAUAUUUGAUAUAAAUGAAUUACUCAGAUUUAUAUAUUAUAAGUUUGUGCUGUUAUGGAUAUUAUAGUUUGACAUUAAAGAGGUGCAGGAAAAUAUGCUUUGGAAUUUUUCAUAGAUUAUUUUCAUAUGCAACCGAAUAUAUACUUUUAUCAUGCCAAAAUACAAUGGUGAAAAGCAUGUCAACAUUUACUUAUCAUUAAAUUUGAACUUUAAAAAACUGGUAUAAAGUGUGAAAAAAUUAAAUAAAUUUUUAUUUCUACUAAAAAUGAGAAAUAAGUGAAAGGAUUCAUUUUGAUGCAAAUUUGAACUUCUUUUUAUUCUAAAUAUUAUAAUAAAUCACACAGACUCAUACCACUCAUAUUACAAAGUGUGAUAUGAUUCUCAGCAUUUCCUUUUCUAUUAACAGCUUGCAAUAUAACUGACGUUCAGUGCCAUUUUUUUCAAAAUAGGAAAUUAGGUGCAAUAGUUACAUUUAUUGUGAUAUUGUAAAGGAAAUAAAUGCUAAGCCAUUGGCAUAAAACUUUAGGGUAAUAUUAUACUAUAAGACAAUACAACACUUUAAUUUCCAUCAACUUGUAAAUAAUGGCCCUUAUGAUAUCCAAAUCAAGAUGAACUUCAAAAAUUAUAGUUUGAAAUUAAAGCACCAAAUAUGGUGCUCUUCAAAAUGCUUCAUAUGACCUUUUUUUAUUAAUAGCAUGUAAGACUGAUCUGAACCAAAUUGGCAAUAGAUUCUUAAAUCAAAAUCAAAUAUUUCAAGUAAUUUUGAGUUUUGGUAGGGUAGUGGAAUAUUUAUGCAUUUUCCCUCUAGACUUUGAAACUUGAACAUCCAUAUUAUAUAAUUAAAGAAUUUAUUUUUAUCAUAAGGAUCUGAGAAUCAUUAAGUUGGUGACACCAAUAUCGUUACUUUACAAAAGGAUGAGAAAAUCAGAUAAGAAAAAUAACAAAUUAAGAAGAUAUUAUAAUUGAAUGGGAAGAUAGAAGAUGCAGUAAAUUCAAAUGCAUUAGCAUCAUUAUGAACUAAGGAAAACAUAAAAAACUCUGAACACAAAUAUUUUUAAAAGCUAAAACUUGUAAGUAGAAUAGCAAUGUAUCAAUUGAUAGAAAGCUUGUACUUCUAUCAUAUUUAUAUAGAAAUCAGAAGUGUACUUAGGGCAAUGAUGGUGAUUUGCUCCAAGAGGGCUUGCUCAUCAUGUUCACAAAGCAGGGUGAUGUCAUCUUGGCUGCAGAACUGGAAAGUGUGAUAAACAACGGAUGAAUCAAUCCAUGGAAAACAGGUUGGAAAAACAGAAAUGCAGAAAUGAGGUCUGUGGGGAUUACAGUUGGUUCUGCCCUGGAUGAAAGGCUGGUGUGUUUGGAAUAACAACUUAUAAAAAGGAUGCAAUAUCUACAAGAAUAGAUAUGAUAUUUGUGUUCAGUAACACUGAGUAGAUGUCUUAAAGCAGGUUCUGGAUUAGUUGAUGUUAGGAUUGUCAACCACAGGAUUCAUUGAAAAGAGCAUCUGCACCUGUCCAAAUUGUCACUUUUAAUCAUAUCAAAUAAGGCUGUCCAAUUCUAGUAGAGAAGUUACAAAUUCCUAGAAAUUACACUCAUAGUAUUUCAGUAACUUUUGUCUUUCAUCUGGUCAUUUGAUAUUGCACACAUAUAGCUGUUUCUUAAGCUUAAAUCAUGACCAUUUUUUGUAAAUUUGAAUAAAGUCUGAAUUAAUGUAGAUGCUUGUAGAUAAUUCCCAUAGUACUGAAAUAGCCUCCAGAAGGAAAAUGCAGUUUUAUAGGUAAGCUUUAAAUUACUAAUAGUUAAAGUAAGAAAACAUUUAAAGUUUUUUGUAGGCAUCAGAAAAUAUAGUUUAUGCAUUGCAUGUACUUGAGCCUCCCAGAAGUAAGUUUGAAUUUGGUCCCUUUUAUUUCAAUAAUCAUUUGAACUUUGUCAAACUGCCUGAUCUUUCUGGACCUCAGUUUGCAAGCUAAAAAAUAAAAAAAAAAUAAAGUCUUGUCUGGCUAUUUAACAUGAGGGGGAAUAAACAGAAUAAACAAUAAAAUAUGUAAAACAAACCCCAAAAUCAGUGCUUGACAAAACAUGCACACUCCAUAAAUAAUAGGGAGUCAUUAUCAUGGCUGAUAUGCUCUGCUAGAAUGGGAACCCCUUUAUUUCCUAGUAUGUGGUGAUGUAGUAUGUGCCUUCACUGCACACCCAAAGUAUAAAUCAACUUUUGACCUGACCUAUGUAUCACAUAUUAUCUUCUUUUAUCUGCUUAUGAGGUCUGUUCUCUUUUCUCUUCCCAACUCGUAAUUUACUCUUUCAAUCUCUUGUUCUGUGCUUGAAACAAUCUUCUCCCAAACACUUGUAUUUUUCAUUCUCACACUACAUUCAGUGAUCAGAUGUGACUUCCUCAGAAAGAUUUAUUGAACACUGUUCAACCUUGUGACACUUGCUUUAGCUUUUUAAAAAUCAAAUCACAUAUAAUAUAAC